AUGGCUUUCCACGUGGAGGGAUUGAUAGCUAUCAUCGUGUUCUACCUGCUGAUACUGCUGGUUGGAAUAUGGGCCGCGUGGAGAACCAAGAACAGCGGCAGCGCCGAGGAGCGCAGUGAAGCCAUCAUUGUCGGUGGCCGAGACAUUGGCUUGUUGGUUGGCGGAUUCACCAUGACAGCCACCUGGGUAGGCGGAGGGUACAUCAAUGGGACAGCGGAAGCAGUUUAUGUUCCAGAUUAUGGUCUAGCCUGGGCUCAGGCACCAAUUGGAUAUUCUCUUAGUCUGAUUCUAGGUGGUCUGUUCUUUGCAAAACCUAUGCGUUCUAAAGGAUACGUGACCAUGUUGGACCCAUUUCAGCAGAUCUAUGGAAAACGCAUGGGUGGACUCCUGUUUAUCCCUGCGCUGAUGGGGGAAAUGUUCUGGGCUGCCGCAAUUUUCUCGGCUUUAGGAGCCACCAUCAGCGUGAUCAUCGACGUGGACGUGCACGCGUCUGUCAUCGUCUCGGCACUCAUCGCCACCCUCUACACCCUGGUGGGCGGCCUGUAUUCUGUAGCCUACACAGAUGUCGUCCAACUCUUCUGCAUUUUCGUUGGACUGUGGAUCAGUGUCCCCUUUGCACUGUCACAUCCUGCAGUCUCUGACAUCGGGUUUACGGCUGUGCAUACCAAAUACCAGGCACCUUGGCUGGGAACCAUUGAACCAUUCGAAGUCUACAGUUGGCUCGAUAGUUUUCUGUUGUUGAUGCUAGGCGGUAUCCCCUGGCAGGCCUACUUCCAGAGAGUCCUCUCGUCCUCCUCAGCCACUUAUGCCCAAGUGCUGUCCUUCCUGGCAGCCUUCGGGUGUCUGGUGAUGGCUCUUCCUGCUGUGCUCAUUGGAGCCAUUGGAGCAUCCACAGACUGGAACCAGACUGCAUAUGGGUUUCCAGAUCCCCAAAGUAAAAACGAAGCUGACAUGAUUUUACCCAUCGUUCUGCAGUACCUCUGCCCUGUGUACAUUUCUUUCUUUGGUCUUGGGGCAGUUUCUGCGGCUGUUAUGUCCUCGGCAGAUUCUUCCAUCUUGUCAGCAAGUUCAAUGUUUGCUCGAAACAUCUACCAGCUUUCCUUCAGACAAAAUGCAUCAGACAAGGAAAUCGUCUGGGUCAUGCGCAUCACCGUGUUUGUAUUUGGAGCAUCUGCAACAGCCAUGGCCUUGUUGACAAAGACAGUGUAUGGGCUGUGGUACCUCAGCUCCGACCUGGUUUACAUCAUCAUCUUCCCGCAGCUUCUCUGUGUGCUGUUCAUCAAGGGCACCAACACCUACGGGGCCGUGGCAGGUUACGUUUCUGGCCUCUUCCUACGAGUAACUGGAGGGGAGCCCUACCUGUAUCUGCAGCCCCUGAUCCUCUACCCUGGCUACUAUGCAGAUAAGAAUGGCAUCUAUAAUCAGCGGUUCCCGUUUAAGACACUCGCCAUGGUCUCCUCAUUCUUGGCCAACAUCGGCAUCUCUUAUCUAGCCAAAUACCUGUUUGAAAGUGGAACCUUACCACCAAAGUUGGAUCUGUUUGAUGCUGUGGUUGCCAGGCACAGUGAAGAAAACAUGGAUAAGACAAUUCUGGUCAAAAAUGAAAAUAUUAAAUUAAAUGAACUUGCACCUGUGAAGCCUCGACAGAGCCUCACGCUGAGCUCAACCUUCACCAAUAAAGAGGCCUUGCUUGAUGUGGACUCCAGUCCAGAAGGGUCUGGAACUGAGGACAAUUUGCAAUGA